CCCACAAUGAGCGCGAUUACAGUCGACCACAAUGGGGUCGAAUUGUCUUAUUCUGAUAGCGGUGCCCCAGCCCAACUCCCUUAUAUUACCUUUGUUGCAGUACAUGGACUGGGAUUCACGAAUGCUGUUUUCAAGAAAGUACAAGCUAUCGCAUCGAAAUCUAACGUUCGAUUUAUUGCGAUCGUGCGACGUGGAUAUGAAGGUUCUACCCCGCUUUCUGAAGCUGAGACCGCUGCUACAAUGACCGGGACGGACGAUGAAAAAUUGGACUUCCUUAAUGCACGAGGCAUCGAGCUCGCAAUUUUUAUCAACAAGCUCAUCCAGCAACUAGGUCUUCCACCAAUAACCGAGGAUGGAAAGAGCGGAGGACUUGCUCUUCUCGGAUGGUCUGCAGGCAACAUGUUGACCCUUGCUUCCAUCGCCAAUCUAGACAAACUCUCUUCUGAAGUGACGGCCCGACUUGCAGCUUAUGUCCGAGCCCAUAUUAUGGAAGAGCCUCCGCCCAUGUGCCUCGGUCUGCCAAUCCCACCCCAAACCUGGUCUCCACUCUUUAACACAUUAAUCCCUGAACCUGAGCGAACGUCAUUCUAUAUGAGCUGGGUCACGUCUUAUUUCGAUAAUGGUGAUCUAUCGAGUCGCGAUAUCAACGCUAUCCUUUAUGCUGCCCCUAGCCCACGCCGGCCUCCUUCAAUUUACAAUAUGUCAGCAGAAGCGAAAGCACUCAUUGUUACGGAUGUGGUUGUACCAGAGAUCAACAGUAUAUUUGCUACCUUUCUUCAGAAUAACGUGAUUUAUUGUAAAGCGUGCCACGAUGCCUCUAUCAAGUCUCUGUUGCCGAGGAUGAAAACGUCGGUCUUGUGCGGGGACUUGACCGUAUCAUUCGGCACGAGUGGUCUGUUAGCACUGCAAGAUGAAAACGACAAAACCCAAGGGGGUAUGCAUUUUGAAGUCGCUCCUGGCCUAAAUCACUUUGUAAGUUGGAGACUUGUCUUCACACUCUGA